UAUUUUACUAUAAUAAUUUUCUGUUCCAUGUUAUAGGAUGCGACACUGGAUUUGGUCACGAACUGGCAAAACGUCUCGACUCACUUGGAUUUCAUGUUUUUGCUGGUUGCCUAAAACCGACAGAUAAUGGCGCUCAGAAACUAAGGUCUAGUUGUUCUGAUCGGUUGGAAAUUGUCGAGUUGGAUGUAACUGAUGAGAAGAUGGUGUCAGAAACAGCAAAGCACGUUAAAACACACUUAGACGACCACAAUAUUCAGUUCUGGGCAUUGGUUAACAACGCCGGGGUGGCAACGUUCGCUGAACAGGAGUUUUGUCCUGUAAGUGAAGUCCAGCGAAUGUUUGAAGUUAAUGUUUUUGGAACAAUGCGCUUAACCAAGGCUUUCCUACCACUCCUACGUGCCGGAAAAGGACGUAUUGUCUUUGUCGCUAGUUACGCCGGACGUCUCACUAUCUCUGGUCUUGUGGGUUACUCGAUGACGAAACAUGCUGUUAUUUCGUAUGCCGAUGGGAUAAGAAAUGAAAUGAGAGACUGGGGAGUUCAGACCGUCCUAAUUGAACCGUCACUCUAUCAGUGA